AUGAAAUGUGAAAUAAGCAGUCAGACAGAAGAAGAAAAACUGUCAGCUGAAUCCGUGCUCUCUGGCGAAUGUACAGUAUUGGGAGCGGAUAGGGGAGUUAGUGGGGGUGAUGACGAAAAAGAUACCGCCCAGAAUCAGAAAAUUUCGGAACCCGAAUCAAGUUCAGAUAUCAAGCCGUCCAUGUCAUAUAUUGCCCUUAUAGGUAAAGCCAUCCUAGAAUCAUCCGAGAAACGAUUAAACUUAGGAUCUAUAUACUCCUGGAUAGAAAGCAAAUUUCCUUAUUAUGUAAAUCGUGGUCAAGGUUGGAGAAACAGCGUGCGUCACAAUCUAUCUUUAAAUGAAUGUUUUAUAAAGGCAGGAAGAUGCGAAGAUGGUAAAGGCAACUAUUGGGCCAUACAUCCAGCGAACUUACAAGAUUUCAUGCGUGGUGAUUUUAGACAGCGUCGGCGAUCUCGCAAACGUGGUCGUAAGAAAAAUCAAGGAAUGAACAUAUAUAACAUGCACAACGGAUAUUUAUCGCCUCCACCAGUUUCCUCUUUCUCUGAUAUUGGAUUGAAUCCCGUCUCAAUGACAACUGCGAUGAGUCCCCUGUAUUCGCCUUAUACCGAAGCUGAGCGCAGAGCUUAUAAAUUAGACGAGGCUUUAAGACAACAGGGUAUCAAUAGUCAUUUCUGGAAUUGGGCGACACCCGCACCUUUUGUUAGUGAAAAUGUAGUGAAAUCCGAAUACGUAAAAUAACAGGAAACCAUAAUCCGUCGUGAAUUAUUAGAAAUUAUUCCAUCAGAUAUUAAAUAUAUUACUGAAAAGACAUCCUUUUUCAAUUAUGAGGGGUUUUUUGAUAGACAGUUGGAAAGUAAAAAGAAUGACCAUACUUACCGUGUAUUUAAGAAAGUAAUGAGAGAUGCAACUCAGUUUCCAUAUGCUAAGGAUUAUAGUGGUGAUAAGAGGGAUAUAUCAGUCUGGUGUAGUAAUGAUUAUCUUGGAAUGAGCUGGCAUCCUAAAGUUAAAUAUGCUGUCAAGGAUUCGUUAGAAAAACAUGGAGCAGGAGCCGGGGGUACUAGAAAUAUAUCUGGUAAUUCACCACUUCAUGAGGAAUUAGAAGAAGAAUUAGCCAAAAUUCAUCAAAAAGAGGCUGGAUUGAUAUUUACUUCAUGUUAUGUCGCUAAUGACACAACUCUUUAUACAUUGGGAAAAAUAAUACCAGGUGUCCAUUUUUUCUCCGAUUCUGGAAACCAUGCCUCUAUGAUUCAGGGAUUGCGGAACAGUGGUGCUCCAAAACAUAUUUUCCGUCAUAAUGAUCCCGACCACUUGGAACAUCUUCUCAAACAAGUGGCAACGGAUGUGCCUAAAAUUGUAGCCUUUGAAACUGUUCAUUCCAUGAAUGGGUCGAUAUGUCCACUUACAGAACUAUGUGAUGUAGCUCAUAAAUAUGGUGCUUUAACAUUUGUUGAUGAAGUACAUGCUGUUGGUCUGUAUGGCGAUAGUGGUGCUGGCAUUGGUGAAAGAGACGGUUGUCUUAAAGAAAUGGAUCUGAUCACAGGAACUCUUGGUAAAGCAUUUGGUAAUAUGGGAGGAUAUCUAGUUGGUUCUAGUAAUACUAUUGAUAUGAUUAGAAGUUAUGGAGCUGGUUUUAUUUUUACUACAAGUCUACCGCCAACAGUACUCAGUGGUUGCCUUGCUUCCAUUAAGGUGUUAGCCAGUGAAGAAGGAAGAGAACUUCGAGCAAAACACCAAGAAAAUGUAAAAUAUCUACGUGAAAAAUUAGUAUCUUGUGGUAUUCCUGCCAUCCAUUCACCGAGUCACAUUAUUCCUAUACACGUUGGGGAUGCUGAGUUAUCAACCAGAUUAUCAAAUGAGUUAAUCAGUGAGUUUGGAAUUUAUGUACAGGCCAUUAACUACCCUACUGUUGCUCGUGGUGAAGAACGCUUACGUAUAGCUCCAACACCUCAUCACUCUAAGGAAAUGAUGGAUUACUUUGUUGAAAGUAUUGUCAAGGUUUGGAAAACCUAUAAUGUGAAGUUUUACCAACCAAUCCUCCCGCCAAAAUGUGAAAAUUGCAGAAAAAGUCUUCAGAUUGAAGAUCUAUUUUCCAGUGAUCCAAUCUGUGCUCGCUCCAACUGUACUUAUUCCUCUUUACAAACUGAAAUACUCUAUACAUGA